AUGUCUAAUCAACAGAUUGGUGGCAAACUUGGAUCUCUCCAUUUUAUCCGUUUUCCAACCAGUGACAUGAUGCGCUUUAUUGAGCUGGCUCGAUCAAAGAACUUUUCCAGUCUAGCCAAUACCAUUUGUGCCACGGGUGGAGGAGCUUAUAAAUUUGAAUCCGAUUUCAGAGAGCAUGUCCAGUUGGAGCUUCAUAAAUUUGAUGAACUGGACUGCUUAAUUAAAGGUAUCCACUAUAUUGACCGUCACAACCCACAGUCUGAAUGUUAUUACUGGAAGAACCCUGACAAUCCUGUCCUUUGGGAGAUAAUUCGUUUAUUGCCAUACAUUACUGCCUUACUUUGCUUCAUAAAACAUUUUUGUUUACUUUUCUCUUUUUUGUUUACUUUUCUCUUUUUUUUCUCCAUUUUUGUUUACUUUUCUCUUCUUUUCAUUCUCUGUUUACGUUUCUCUUUUUUCAUUCUUUGUUUACUUUUCUCUGUUUUUCAUUCUUUGUUUACUUUUCUCUUUUUUCAUUCUUUGUUUACUUUUCUCUUUUUUCAUUCUUUGUUUACUUUUCUCUUUUUUCAUUCUUUGUUUACUUUUCUCUUUUUUCAUUCUUUGUUUACUUUUCUCUUUUUUCAUUCUUUGUUUACUUUUCUCUUUUUUUUCAUUUUGGUUUACUUUUUCUUUUUUUCAUUUUUUUUACUUUUUUUUUUUUCAUUCAUUUUGUUGCCCCCCCCAAUUUUUUCUCUUUUUUUUUUUUUUUUGUUUACUUUUCUCCAUUUUUGUUUACUUUUCUCUUUUUCUUUUCACUUUUGUUUACUUUUCUCUUUUUUUCACUUUUGUUUACUUUUCUCUUUUUUUCACUUUUGUUUACUUUUCUCUUUUUUUCACUUUUGUUUACUUUUCUCUUUUUUCACUUUUGUUUACUUUUCUUUUCUUUUCUUUUCACUUUUGACAAAAUUUUCUCUUUUUCAUUUUUCACUUUUUGUUUCAUUUUUUAUUUUUUUUUUUCUUUUUCAUUUUGUUUAUUUUUCUCUUUUUUUUUCUUUUUUUUUAUUUUUCUCCUUUUUUCAUUUUUUUACUUUUCUCUUUUUCAUUUUUUUUACUUUUUAUUUUUUGUUUACUUUUCUUUUCAUUUUGUUUUUUUCUCUUUUUAAAUUUUUGAAAACUUUUCUCUCUCUUUUCAUUUUUGUUUACUUUUUUCUCUUUUUCAUUGUUUAUUUUUUCUCUUUUUCAUUUUGUUUAUUUUUUCUCUUUUUCAUUUUUCUUUAUUUUUUAUUUUUCAUCCUUUUUCAUUUUGUUUACUUUUCUCUCUUUCCAUUUUUGUUUACUUUUUUUAUUUCUUUUUUUUUUCCUUUUCUCUCUUUUUUUGUUUUUUUUUUUUUUCAUUUUUUUUGUUUACUUUUCUCUCUCUCUUCAUUUUUGUUUACUUUUUCUCUCUCUCUUCAUUUUUUGUUUACUUUUUCUCUCUCUCUUCAUUUUUUUGUUUACUUUUUCUCUCUUCAUUUUUGUUUACUUUUUUUCUCUCUUCAUUUUUUGUUUAUUUUUUUCUCUCUCUCUCUCUCUUUUUUUGUUUACUUUUUUCUCUCUCUUCAUUUUUUUUGUUUACUUUUUCUCUCUUCAUUUUUUGUUUACUUUUUCUCUCUUCAUUUUUUGUUUACUUUUUCUCUCUCUCUUCAUUUUUUGUUUACUUUUUCUCUCUCUCUUCAUUUUUUGUUUACUUUUUCUCUCUCUUCAUUUUUUGUUUACUUUUUCUCUCUCUCUUCAUUUUUUGUUUACUUUUUCUCUCUCUUCAUUUUUUGUUUACUUUUUCUCUCUCUCUUCAUUUUUUGUUUACUUUUAUCUCCUUUUUUUACUUUUCUUGCUCUUUUUUCUUUUUUGGGUGGUGGGACAUUCCUCGGAUUGUGUUGUCUCCUCACAGGCUGUGAAACAUUUGAAGAAGCCAUCGAAAUGGCUUCAGAUGGUGACAGCACCAAAGUUGACAAAUUGGUGAAAGAUAUUUAUGGAGGAGAUUACAUUAAGUUUGGUUUAUCAGGAGAUGCAGUCGCAAGCAGUUUUGGUCACAUGAACUUGAAAGACCGAAGAGAAUUAACAACAAGAGAAGAUCUAGCAAAGGCCACAUUGGUCACAAUUACCAAUAAUAUUGGUUCCAUUGCGCGGAUGUGUGCAAUCACAGAGAAAAUGGAACGUGUUGUAUUUGUAGGCAAUUUCUUACGAGUAAAUACCAUUUCUAUGAAACUGCUUGCAUAUGCCAUGGAGUAUUGGUCAGGAGGUGCUUUAAAAGCACUAUUCUUAGAACAUGAGGGUUAUUUUGGAGCCAUGGGAUGUUUACUGGAAUUAAUGAAAUUAGACGUGCAUCUCUCUGCGCAGACACACGCUCUCUAUCUCUCUGCUCAGGCACACACUAUCUAUCUAUAUCCAAGUCAUUAUGCAUGGCGUUUUUCUCUCUCUCUCUCUCUCUCUCUCUCUCUCUCUCUCUCUCUCUCUCUCUCUCUCUCUGUGUACACAUAA